AUGCCGAAGAACGGCUCUGCCGCUGGCUCGUCACAAUCGCCGCUGACAGUUCGAAAAGACAAGAAGCGCAAACAUGCUUCCCUGACUGCACCUUCAGCAUCAUCGUCCUCUUCGCCCCCCAAGAAGCAGGGUAGAACAGAUGGGACGACACUACAGCUCGACGAUAUCCUGUCCACGCUUUCAGCUGGAACUGGUUUGUGGGAUGGGAAAGAGGGAAAGAGAAAGGAGAAAGAGAAGGAGCGGCCGAUGAAGAAGGCCAAGCAGGACGCUAAGGUGGCGUCAGGAGGGGAAAGCAAAGGUCAGGGCAAGGGCAAGAGUGUGUCUGCCUUGGAGCUGUUGAUGGGAGUCGGUAGCGGAAGUGUGGAGCAGAGCGUGAAGGAGAGGAAGACGAAAGGCCCUGCUAGUGCGAAACACGAGGUGAGGGAGGAGAAGGGGAUAUCAGCCGGUAAUGUUGUCGAUUCAGGGAAGCAGAAGCAAGGAGCAAAAGCGGUGGCCGACAACGUUACGGCCAAUGAAAGACUCAGACAAUCAGGCAACGACGAUGUCCUAGCGAGGAGAGAUGCCCACGCUGCUUCGACUACCUCCCAAACCGCAGUCGCAACCAGAACCACCCAACCGCAAGCACCCACUUCGACGUCCACCUUUGCAUCACCACCGCCUCCCUCCCUCGCACUCACCCCGUCCACUCCCAUCACCACCACCAACACCACCAACCCCUCAACACCGAUUACAGCCGCAGACACCAUAUCGGACGCAGCCAGCACACUCCUCAAGCCACUUCGAGCGCACCUCCGGCUGCUCACGGCGACGUUUGAACGGCUCGGGUCGGAGCGCGUGCUGGUGGACCGAAUCUGGUACAAGAAUAGCGUGCAGUUCAAAAGUGCGCUGUGGUGGCGCGUAGGGGUAUGUGGGGUGCGGCGGGCGCUGCACCGACUGCUGCUGUUGCCUUCGGUUCCUUCGGAUGGGGAGGGAGAGGGGGAGGGCAGCGGUAGUGUGGCUGUUCGCGCGGUGUGCAGUGUGGCGAAGCUGUACGCCGGGCUGGGCGGGGGGUUGCCCGCAUUCCACGCUGCAGCUUCUUGCUCUUUCUCGUCCUCUGGCAAUUCGCCGUACCCCUCGCUGCCCAGGUUCGACGCGAAACCCUCCGCCGCCACAGCACGCGAGUUCCUGGCCACCGCGGAAGCGCAGUCGCAUCUCAGAGAGACGCUGCAGACGCUGCAUGUGCUGCGCAGCGUGCUGCAGGUGGUCAAGCGUCGCUCGCACGCCGCGGGCAAGCUGUUCUUGGUCCACUUGAACACGCCGCCCGCUCCGACGUUUGCGCCUUUGGUUUCCGCGUGUUUUGCGCUGGUCGCGGGCGUGUGUGCCGAGGUCGAAGGCGGGGGUGGGGCUGAUACCGGAGACGCGGAGGCGGAGGGGCUAGAGAGGGUGGUGGGGAGGAUUAUGGAUGUUUUGCAGGGGCUGAAGCGCGGGUGA